GCCAAUUUUGACAUCGCUUUUUUGUUGCAAUUGUUGCUGUAUAAUGUACAAUGUAUGUUUUGUUUUUAUAAUUUUUUUAAACGUAUUUUUCUAAUAUUUACUUGUUUAUAUAUUUGAAUAUAAACGAAAUGGGUACAAUUAGUGAAAAUAGACAAUCUGAGAUAUGCGGUAAACAGUAUGACCAAGAUGAUGCCAUUCUAAUUCUUACCAAAAAUAAUGAUAUUGAGGUAGCCAAAAUAAAUGAAGUAUUGGAGAAUAGUGAAUUCAAUGUUACAAAAUAUACUUUUGCCUACAAAUUAAUUAAUCUAUUUAAGAAGCAGGGAGGGGACGACUAUGUUAAAAAAAAUAAGGUUGUUGAAGAUUUGACGAAAUGCUACUCUGUAAAUAAUAAUCAAGUACUUGAAAAAUGUGAAAUAAUUUAUCUAGAUGAAGACACAGAGCCCCACUUUAAUCCACCCAACGUAUUUUUUUGUCAAUUUUCAAAAAAAGGCAAUCAAUUGUUUCCUGUAAAACAUAGUGUACUCACUGAGAAAUCUCUUAAUAAUCCCAUUAUAAAAUUAAAUAGUUUUAAAAUUAAAAGUAAUAUGGGUAUAGAAAAUACCCCCACAACAAAUAAUGUACAUAACCAUAUAGAAAUACACUAUGAAAAUGACGUUUCACCACCACCUCAGAGAAAUUCUGUUAAAAGAGAUCUAAAUAAAUCAUUUGGAAAUUCACCAUCAACUGGUAACAAAUCAAUUUUAAAUAAUUAUUCUAUAAUAGAUGAUGAAACUGAUGAUAAAUUAAAAAUUAAAUUAAGAGUUUCCAAAAAACGGAAUGGGCAAACUUAUGAAAAUCUGAAAAGUCCACCUAAACUAAGAAAAUCAAAUAGAAGCAAUUCUAGAAAAUCUUAUGCUGAUUAUAUAUCGCCUGAAAAACGUAGUCCACAUAAAAGACAACAUUCUGGAUCUAGAAGAGAGUCUGGUAAUGAAAGUGAUUAUAGACAAAAUAUAGAAUCUAAAAGAACACCAAGAAAACACUCUAAAAGUGAGAAUUCCAGUCCUGUAAAAAGGGAAAUUCGAACACCAAAACGUUACAUUACAGAAUUCCCUUCUUUAUAUAAGAGGACACCAAGAGGUACACCUGUCAGAAGAAGUUUAAGACUUACGAGUACAGAAACUGAGAGUUCUCCUAGAAGUGUAAGAAGUAGGAAAACAAAUAUUGUACAUGGUGAAGAAGAUUUGGGAGUGACUAGACUAGGGACAAAUUUAGAUGAUUCUUUAAGAAGAAAUAUCCUUCAAGUAAAUUUAGACAAAGACAAAAUAAAAGUAAAUAAAAAUAGGAUAGGUAGUGAUGACGAAUCCGAAGAUGAUGAAUCUGAUGAUGAAUCUGAUGAUGAUGAUGACGAAUCUGAUGAUGAUGAAUCUGAUGAUGGCAAGAAAAGCAACAAUAAUAAUAAGAUAAACCUUGAUGAUUCUUGUGAAACUAAAGUUAUGAGAAUAAGUCUUCAAAAUCUAAAUUUGAGUAAUAGCUGUGAAGAAGAUAGUGAUGAUUGUUUUAUUAUGAAAUCAGAAUAUGAUAGCAAAACUAAGAGCACUUCAAGAAAAUCUACGUACACAAAUAAAACCCAAAAACAUUUAGAUACAACUCCAAAAACUCAAAAAUCUACAAAAACUAAAAUAUCUUCAAAGUCCUCAAAAGCAGAAAAUCCAAGAAAAUCUAAAAAUAGAGCAAAACUUAUUAGAGAGGGGGUGGUUACUCCCUCUAUGCACGAGAGAAGUACAAAAAUCAAGGGUGAUUCUACUCCAUUAAUGAAGGCUAGAAGUAAAUUGCAUGUAUCUUAUGUUCCUGAAUCAUUGCCUUGCCGAGAAAAAGAAUAUUGUGAUGUUUAUAAUUUUGUUGAGAGUAAAUUGUUUGAUGGAUGUGGGGGUUGUAUGUAUGUAUCUGGAGUUCCUGGUACAGGAAAAACUGCAACAGUUACAUCUGUAAUAAGACGUUUGCAAGAGAACAGGAGUAUUCCAAAAUUCACCUUUGUUAAUGUUAAUGGUAUGAGAUUGUCAGAACCCCGACAAUCAUAUGUAGAGAUUUUAAAACAACUUAAAGGAAUAACUCUAUCAUGGGAACAAGCUCAAAAUACUUUGGAAGACAUGUUUGUUAAGCAGAAAAAGAUGACGCCUACUGUUAUGUUGAUAGAUGAAUUGGAUAUACUAUGUACAAAACGCCAAGAUGUUGUUUACAAUUUGUUAGAUUGGCCAACAAAAGCUAAAAAUCAGCUCAUUGUAAUCACCAUAGCAAAUACCAUGGAUUUACCUGAGAGAUUAUUAAUGAAUAGAGUUACUAGUCGUUUAGGUCUGACAAGAUUGACAUUCCAGGCUUACACUUACAAGCACUUGCAAGAAAUUGUUACGAAACGUUUAUGUGGUACCAAUAGUUUCAAUUAUGAUGCUGUACAAUUCGUUGCAAGAAAAGUUGCCUCAGUGUCUGGUGAUGCCAGGAGAGCUUUGGAUAUCUGUAGGAGAGCAGCUGAAAUUGCAGAAGCAAAUGGGAAAGAACAAUUAGUUAAUAUGAAUCAUGUUAAUGAGGCACUCAGUGCUAUGAUUACUCAACCAAAAGUGUUAGCUAUUAAAAGUUGUUCUAGACUAGAACAGCUAGUUUUACAGUCUACUGUAGCCGAGGUUGAAAGGACGGGCGUAGAGGAAACUACAUUUUGCGACAUUUACAAAAUGUUAAUAACUUGUGGAGGUAUCGAAGGAUUUAAGAUGGUGUCACCUACACUUGCCCAGAGUGCCGUUGCUAGGUUAAGUUCCUGUCGCUUAAUAUUGGCGGAUCAAAAAUGCAACAAUAUAUAUCAAAAGAUUAUUUUAAAUGUUAGUGUUGACGAUGUUUAUUAUGCAUUGAAAAAAAAUUAGGUUUGUAUUAUUAUUUACCUUUUUUUAAUUAUUUUGAUUUUUAAAAUACCAAUCAAUUGUAUUCCACUUGAUUGUUGUGAUUGUUUUUAAUUAAUUAAUUUUUUUUAUAAUAUUGGACAAUUAAAAAUUUUGUAUUUUAAUUUUGUGAGAUGUUUUCAAAAUACAAAUUAAAAAGGUCUACGUCGAUUUUUGUUUAAUUUAUUUUCUUAAUAACAAUACCACAUUUAUGUAAAUGGAGAUAUGUAAAUAAAAUCUAUUUUAAUAUUUGUUCGCUUUUGUUCCAUUUUUUGUUUUUGUUCUCUUGGCAAAAGAUAAAAGUUUGAAAGAAAUUAAUACAGAAGGACACUAAAUCGCAACUGAUGCUUUUAAAAGUAGACUGAUCUGAAGAAGCUCUAGUCAUACUCGUUGGCCAAUUCUGUAGCUUCAAUAAGCAGCCCAAAGUCGAUAUCUGUUAAACUUGCUUUAGCAGUCAAUAAAUCUAGAAAAGUAUCCAAUGGAGACAUG